UCUCGUCUUCCAACAGGAUGCAAAACUUCUCCGGAGGGGAAGGAGGGAAGCAGCUCCUCACUGUAGUCAGAUCUUACUGCCACUCCCUUCACGCCUGUUGACUAGGUGGGUUAGAUAGACACCAGUGUGACUCUCCUCAGCCUGUUGUCUAUUAGGUCUAGGUGAGUUAGGCAGGACAGAGUGAGACCAUGGCCAACUCAGCUCUGGAGAUCAUUGGCUUGUUGCUGUCUCUCAUCGGUCUGAUCGGGACCGCAGCCAGUACGGGGAUGCCCAUGUGGCGCGUGACGGCCUUCAUCGGCGAGAACAUCAUCGUGUUCGAGACGCGCUACGAGGGUCUGUGGAUGAAUUGCUUUAGACAGGCCAACAUCAGAAUGCAGUGUAAAGUGUACGACUCCCUCCUGGCUCUGCCUCCAGACCUGCAGGCGGCCAGGGGUCUGAUGUGCUGUGCCUUGGCUCUGGGAGGGGUGGGGCUGCUCAUCUCUAUCCUGGGCUUACAGUGCACGGCCUGCAUCCGGGACAACGAUCGGGCCAAACGCACGGUGCUCAUCGUCGCUGGCAGCAUGAUCCUCGGGGCCUGCAUCUGCGUCAUCGUCCCAGUCUCCUGGACGGGUCACGCGAUCAUCCGUGACUUCUACAACCCGCUGCUGAUCGACGCCCAGCGCAGGGAACUGGGAGAGGCUCUCUACAUCGGAUGGGUCUCCUCUGCCUUCCUCUUCGCCGGCGGCUGCAUGUUCUGCUGCUGUAACAUCAAAGAGGAUAAAAGACAAGACAACUACAUGUACUCCAGGAACAGCCCUAGUCAAUACAUGUCUUACGCCCCUCAACCACAGUACCAGCCCCAGUACCAGCCCCAGUACCAGCCCCAGUACCAGCCCCAGCCUCUACAGAGGCAGCCGUCCAGUAGCAGCUACCCCGGGUCCAACCACUACCCCUCCAGGUACCCCUCGGAACGCAGUGCUGUGGCUUACCUCUGAGUGUUGUGGCUAAAGGGGAAGGAAAUAGACUUAGUGUUUUCUACCGACAUGGAGGAACCGAUGUGUUCUUACGUGUACGUUUGGAAAAGAAGCCUUUUGGUUGUGUUAAAAGAUGAAUAUCAGCAUAAAGUAAGAGACUAAAAUGAUUGUAAUACACUGUGAAACUCACAAAGAGAGGAUUCAUUGUAAAAAUUAUCAGAACAUGUUGAGGGGGGAAAAAGUGUCUAUCGGAUUUGUUUGUAAGAAAGCUGUUUAAAGAUACUAAAUACACUUAUAAUAGGUUAACUGGUUAACUGUGAACUCAGAAAGCUGUUUAAAGAUACUAAAUACACUUAUAAUAGGUUAACUGGUUAACUGGUUAACUGGUUAACUGGUUAACUGUGAACUCAGAAAGCUGUUUAAAGAUACUAAAUACACUUAUAAUAGGUUAACUGGUUAACUGGUUAACUGGUUAACUGUGAACUCAGAAAGAGAAGAGUUUGAGGAAACCUUCAAUCCUAUUUUUUUAAAUGUUAUUUUGUAUUAUCCUUUGUUUUCAUAUGUGUAUUUACUUUGUAUUGGUGGGGUGUAUAAGGACACGUUUUUAUUUUAGUGACGUCCCUAAAGAUUAUUUGUGUAUUUACUUUGUAUUGGUGGGGUGUAUAAGGACACGUUUUUAUUUUAGUGACGUCCCUAAAGAUUAUUUGUGUAAAUAUAUUUACAAAUUGUGUUGAUGUGGUUGUGUGCUUUGUGCAGUAAAUGUAGGUUUCUUACACAUAAUCCCCCUGUAGUUACACUAGGUGUUACAUAAAAUGUAGCUUUUAUCAUGUAAAAAAAGCAAUUGUCAAAUAUGCGUCCCAAAGGGCACUCUAUUCCCUAUUUAGUGCACUACUUUUGACCAAAGCCAAUAGGGAAUAGGGUUCUGAUCAAAAGUAGUACACUAUAUAGGUUUUACAUUAGGGAUGCAGCCCCAUUAUCAUUAAUUUUAUUAUUAUCUGAUUAGACAAAUUCAUCUCCUAUUGACAGAUAUGCAGCUGACUGUAAAGUGACAUUUCUGCUAAUGUGUUUUGGAGAACAGAGGCACAAGGCUGGCUUUGAUCCACUGCCCCCCCCUUAACAACGGUCCCCCUUGGCAACGGUCCCCCUUGACAACAUCAACAAACUACAAGACAGUCCUGGUUGUGUUAAAACGCCUGUGUUGUUACUGCCAUUUUGUAAUGUUUGGGAGUAGACAAACAAGGACAGUAUCGUUUUGUAAUAUUAUCCCCUGGGGCAUCCUAUUCUCUGCACAUAGUACACUACUUUUGUCUAGGGUCCUGGUCAAAAGUAGUGCACUAUGUUGGGAAUAGGGUGCCAUUUGGGACACAUCCUCUCUGUGUUGACAGCUUGAUGGUAAGGACUAAAGGAAGUAAAUACAAGGCUGGUUGUUGAAGGUGUGGACCCAGAAGCAGUAGGGUAGAACAGAGGACUUCUGUCAAAGCAAACAGAGCAUAACGGACUAAGAACUGGGGCUGGGUUCAAUCCCUAGGUCAGCGUUGUAGCGUGAUUUGAAAGUUAAAUUCACGGUAAAAGCUGCAUAUGUUAAUAAAAGUGAUUUAAUUUCAAAUGAAUAAAAAAAAAAAACGUUAUUCGUUUCAGUUAAGUUGAGAUAAAUCUUUCAGCCUCUGGAAUACGAACAAACUUUUUCUGAAUUACUCAUUAACAUUUCAUUAUCUGGUGCAAGCUAAUGUUUAUAAAAGGGAAAACCUUCAGAAGCAAUGUAAAGACUUUGAUUGACACAUUACUGAUUAAAUGAAACAUUGAUAACA